AAUGGCGUCAAGUAUGACGACAAUGAAGACACUGCUUUGGAUGAUGGAGGAGCCAAGCUGUUUGAACGUCGAAUCAGAACGCUGGCAGAUGAGCGUGAAAUGUUGCAGAGGAAAACAUUUACAAAAUGGGUAAACCACAAAGACCUACAAAGAGUUGGAUGUCGCAUUGUUGAUCUAUAUACGGAUUUAUAUGAUGGACGUAUGCUAAUAGUUUUAUCAGGAGACAAACUGUCUAAACCCACGAAAGGCGAGAUGCGCAUUCACUGUUUACAGAACGUAGACAAGGCCCUGCAAUUUCUGGAAGAGAAGCAAGUACAUUUAGAGAACAUGAGAUGUCAUGGUAUCGUAGAUAGCGACCACAGAUUGACCCUCGGUCUCAUCUGGACCAUCAUCCUUAGAUUCCAGAUUCAAGACAUUCAUUUUGAAGAUGGAGACAACACGGAGACGCAAUCGGCUAAUGAUGCCCUCCUCCUCUGGUGCCAAAUGAAAACAGCCGGCUACUCCAAUGUGAACAUCCGCAACUUUACCACAAGCUGAUGAGAUGGGCUGGCCUUCAAUGCCCGUGUACACAAGCACAGGUCGGACCUCUUCGACUAGAACAAACUGACCAAAGUACAACCCGUUUAUAAUCUCAACGAUGUCUUCAAUGUUGCUGAACAGAAGCUGAGGCUUAUGAAGCUCCUAGACCCUGAAUAUAUUGUUGUGGACCAUCCAGACGAGAAGUCCAUCAUCACCUUUGUGGUGACCUACUAUCACUACUUCUCCAAGAUAAAGGCUGAGACCGUGUCCGGUAAGCGUAUCGGCAAGGUCAUUAACGGUACCAUGGACAACGACGAGCUCAUCACCGAGUAUGAUAAGGUUACGUCGGAUCUCUUGAAGUGGAUCAGGCAGAUCGUCGAGAUCCUGAAUGACCACGACUUUGCCAAAUUGUUGCAAGGUGUUCAACAGCAGCUUCUCUUAUUCAACACCUACAGAAUAGUUGAGAAACCUCCCUAAUUCAUUAAAAAGGGCAUCCUUGAAGUGAUGUUGUUCACCAUUCAGAGUAAGAUGAGAGCUAACAACCAUAAAACCUUUAUGCCUAAGGAAGGCAAGCUAGUGCAUGAAAUCAACAAGGCAUGGGAGAACUUGUAAAAAUCUGAGCAUGGCCGUGAGCUGGCGCUGCGCCAGGAGCUGAUCCGCCAGGGGAAGCUGGAGCAUCUAAACGCUCGCUUUGACCGAAAGGCAGUCAUGCGUGAGACCUGGCUGAGUGAGAACCAACGACUUGUAGCCCGGGACAACUUUGGCUUUGACCUCCUAGAGGCUGCUGCCAAGAAGCAUGAGGCCAUCGAGACUGACAUCAAGGCCAACCAGGAGAGAGUGUUUGCUGUGGUGGCCGUUGCCCAAGAACUGGAAGAGAAGUGGUUUCAUGACAUUGAAACGAUUAUUGCAAGGAAAAACAGCAUCCUACGUAUGUGGGAUUACCUGAUAGAGCUGCUGAAGGCCCGACGUGUCAGACUCCAGCUUACCCUCGACUCCAUGGAAGAAAAUAAGAUGCUGCUGUUAUCGGAGGACUACGGCAAGCACUUGAUGGUAGAGGAUCUUAUACAGAAACACAACAUGCUGGAAUCACAGACAACAUUGUUAAACGAUCCCUUUAACAGACACAAGGCUUGGGAGAGCGAGCGAUCGGGUCGUGACGCACAACUGGAGAGCAACAUCCGGGAAGGCGAAGACCUGAUCGCAGAGGAAAACUUUGGAGCAUCAAAGAUUUAGGACCGCAUCACCAAUGUCAAGAACAUGUGGAAGAGUCUACAGGAGCUGUCUGGUCAGAGGAAUGCUCGUCUCAUGGAGGCUGUUGACCUCUACCAGUUAUUUGCUGAUGCUGAUGAUGUCGACACCUUCAUGCUGGAUACCCUCCGUCUCGUUUCCAGUGAGGAUGUCGGAAGGGAUAACAAGAAAUAUAGGGAGGUAACAGAAGAAUUGCAGAACUAUGAGACAAUCAUUGAUGGCCUGCGAAAGCAAGCAGGAGAGCUGGGAGAACAGGACAGUGAUUCUCCAGUGGUGCAGACUCGUCUUGGGACCACCGUUCUACGUUAAAAGGAGCUUCUGGAGCUUGCCAAGCUUCUCAAGCAACGUCUCCUGGAUGCUCUUUCCCUGUACAAACUCUUCAACGAAGUUAACGCUGUCGAGGCCUGGAUAGAUGAGAAGGAGCACCCAUUGGAUGCUCUGAUCUCUGCUGAGGACCUGAAAUCCAACGAGGUCAUCCUUGCACGCUUUGACAGUCCGGAGGGGAAGGAGGUAGAGGUCAACGGAGUCAAAGUAGAAUUAGUCAACCAGCUGUCCAGAAAGCUGCUAGCCGUAGAGCAUCCCAACUCAACAGAGAUCACUACAAAACAGAACCAGCUCAACUCAAGAUGGGUCGAUCUACAUGUCCUGCUGCAGCAGAAGCAGCAUGCCGCCAUGGCAGUCACAGAGGUACAGACCUACCACAUCGAACGCCAGGAGACCACCCAAUGGAUAAGGGACAAAGCUCGUCUCAUCCAGACCACCGAAGAGCUCGGCAAUGAUUUGGGAGGCAUCAUUGUACUACAGCGCAGGCUAGCUUUCGAGGCUAUGCUUGAAUCCCUUAACAACGAGGCACAGAAGCUUGCCCAGGAACAUCCUGCGGAGGCAGAACUCAUCAAGAAGAGAUACGAUGAGAUCAUGAUUGUAUGGCUUGAACUCAAUAAACUGCUGAAAUCUCGCGAAGCGGCUCUGUCUGAGGCCGGUGACCUCCAACAAGUCUUGCGCAACCUGGAUGACUUCCAGUCUUGCCUGUCCACGACCAUGACCAAAGUGACUUCACAAAAGACCCCAGAUUCCCUUGCUGAGACUGAGAUACUCAACAAACAUGCUGCCAUCAAGGAUGAGAUUGAAGGCUAUGAAGACAAGUACGCCAAGAUGAAGGAGAACGGUGAACGCAUCACCGAGGGAACACAGACAGACACGCAGUACAUGUUCCUUAGACAGCGUCUGCAAGCUUUGGGAGAUAGAUGGCUGGAACUGCACCAAAUGUAGGACAAUCGUGGGCUCCUGCUUUCCCAGGCUCUUAACGACCAGAUGUGCCAGCGUGAUGCACGUCAAGCUGAUAGCAUCCUUAACCGACAGGAGUACUUUCUCACCAAGGUAGCAACUAUCCAGAAGUAUGAGCACUUCAUUGGCCAGAUGGCUACCAAUGAUGAGAAGAUUAAUACAGUGUUGUCCUUUGCCAACAUGCUCUGUGAUGAAGACCACUAUGCUGCAGAUAAGAUCAACAAGAAGGUAGAGAACAUCGAUGAGAGAAGAAAGGCCAACCGUAUUGUUGCAGAGGCUAUGCUUGAGAAGCUAGAGAACAGCCGUCUCCUACAGUCCUUCCUGCAAGAGUCUGAGGAGCUUGGUCUCUGGGUGGUGGAGAAAAUAAGCUUAAUAGAAACCUACGACGGAGCCAGGAGCCUUCACAGCAAAUGGCAGAAACACCGGGCCUUUGAAGCUGCUGAACUCAUCAAGGAGAAGCCAGAGACCGAAGAUGAUGUCCAAGCCAAGUUUGCAGACCUGGAUCAGCAAUGGAACGAGCUAGAGAACACCACCAAGACCAAGGGCAAGACCCUGUUUGAAGCCAACAGCCAGCAGCUCUUCACCGGCGCAUGUGAUCACAUGGAACAGAAUAUUGUUGACUUCGAGACUGAGCUAUGUCAUGCUGAUGCUGCUAAUGACCCGGUCUCAGUCAACAACUUGCUCAAGAAACAACGGGUCUAUGAACAGUUCAUGUUGAUCAAGCAAGAGGAGAUUGACAGCUUGUAAUGCCAUGUAUCAUCACUAGAGAAUGUCGAACACAUAGAGAAGGUAACAGCCAAGAAGGAACUCAUGGCGCAGCGCUUCAGCAACUUGUCAGAUCCCAUCAAGAAGAGGCGAGGGGUGCUUGAGGCGGAGUAGCCGGGUUACUAGGUUCUCAGGGAUCUAGAUGAUAAGAAGAUCUGGGACCAGGAAAAACUGUCCCCGGUCACUUCCCACGAUGUGGGCAAACUGUAGACAGUAAAGACCCUGCAGAAGAAGACCAACACUCUCAAUGUCAAGGUGGACGGCCAUGUUCCUCGUGUGGAGGAGGUGAUCGACCGGGGUAAGGCCAUGAUUGAGCAGGGCCAUCAUCAGUCAGAGAACAUUAAGGUCAGCAUCACAGAGCUGGGGGAACACGUCAUCAUGCUCAAGUCGGCCAUCGCAGGGAGGAAAGAUAAGCUGGUUGACUCAAAUAAGGCACAACAGUACUACUUCAGUGCAGCAGAGGUUGAGGCCUGGAUGAGUGAACAGGACAUGUACAUACUCAUUGAUACAAGGACCAAGGUGUUGGCUGCCUCGCAUGACUACUCCGAUGCUAAGGAUGUCCUUGCUCAUAUACACGAGAAGCAACAGGAGAUGUCUGAGGAGCUAAGCAAGGAUCAGCAGUCGGAAGCCAUCUUACAGAGGAAACAUGUCUCUUUCCAGAGUGAUCUCCCUGUUCUUGGCCAACAGGUCAACGAUGUUCACGAGGAGGCUGACCGUCUUCGUGCCACCUAUGCUGGUGACAAGCCCAGGGAGAUUGACAACCGAGAACAUAAGGUGGUGGAUGCAUGGAACAACCUGAACUCAUCUAUCAAGUUCUGCUGCGUCAGACUUGACCAGACCGAUGAGCUCUUUAGAUUCCUCAACCUCAUGAUGUGGAUGGAGGACAUCUUCCUUCAGAUCAUCAACCAGGACAAGGCCAGGGAUGUAUCCAGUGUUGAGCUUCUGAUGAACGGUCAUCAGAACAAGGCAGAGGUUGACAAUGGGGAUGGUAACUUCACAGAACGCCAUAGAUGGGAAUACCUACAGCUCGUUCUGGAGGUAUACCAGUUUGCUCGUGAUGCCCAUGCUACUGACGCCUGGCUGAUGAGCCAAGAACAAUACCUGAGAAGUGAUGAUUAUGGGGACUCUCUGGAUAAGGUGGAGAAGUUGAUCAAGAGGCCCGAGGCCUUUGAGAAGGCCCUCUAUUGCCAGGGAGAGAGAUUCACCGCGCUUGAGAAACUCACAACAUUUGAGUUGAGAGAGCUACGCAAACGUCAAGACAAGGACCGUCGUAAUGCCGGUGAGAAUUCUCCACCUAUGAACGAAUCACCAUCUCUCAAGCACAAGAUUGUUAAUGACUUCAUGUAUGCGGAGAGGCAGAAUUAGGAAAGAACAAUGGAGGAGGCCGAGGAGGAGCAACAGCAGCAGGAACAGGCAGAGAUAAGGCAAGCUGCCACCAAGUACGUUGAAUAA